AUGAACCACAAACAACGACAUCUUCGUAUAUCCGCCACCAUUGGACAACAAACUACGAUAUUCUUCUAUUCACUAAAUACAUUUCUCGUAACGUAUUCCGAACUCAUCGACCUAUCAACUAACCGACAGUCAAAUUAUUGUCCAAGGCAACGACAAGGAGUUUUAUCUCUGUUGUGUACAUCUUCUACGCAACAACCAAGCUCAUGCAUUGCACGAAUGAUGCAGGCAGGAUGCGAAGACAUCAAAGGAAUGAUAAUGCUGACAGAUAUCGAACGAGUGAUAACACUGACACGAAAUCCUCAUCAAGAAUACAAUCAAGUAGUAUGA